AUGAAUUCGUUCGUCGCUACUUUAGCUGGUCUCUUCUUAGUCUAUGCAACAGUCAUAACAACUGUUUAUUGUGUUGAUCUGAGACAACUCGAUUUAUCAAGAGAGGAGAUGAUUGCUAUAACACGUGAUCACCGUGGUCGUGCUGAUCCGGAUGCGUUUCUCAACGGUUUCUUUCCUGUUUGGGCAGCAAUUCAAUUCGCUAUUGCAUGUUCCUUUUUCGUCAUUGCUGUACUCAGUCUUUUAUGCUAUAUACUCGGCUGCAGAACACCAGCAGAAGAACGUAUCAAGCGAGCCAAAUAA